AUGACCUGCCUCAGUGGGAAGAAGAUGUGCAAGGGCAUGGACCGUCCCAAUGGAAAGACAAGAGAGACCCAGAGCUCUCCCAACAUCUGGGACAAACCCUGGCGCCUGCUGAAUGCUGGGGACCCCCAGAUUGUUCCCCAGGAGGGGUCCGGCUCUGCCAGCAGUGUGGGCACAGAGGUGGCAGCAGAGGCAGCCCGUGACCUGCCCAGUCCAGCUCCUGCCCCGGAGCCAGAGGAACAGAGAGACCUGGAACAAACCAGGAAUGCAGAAAUGCAAGAAACCGUAAGAGCACCAGAGUCAGAGAGCCCCGUGUCUGCCUCGCACAGCCCCUCAGAGGGCAGUGAGGCCCUGCUGGACACAAAGCAGUCCAUCACAUGGGAGAUCAUGAGGAAGGUUGAGCCUGUGAUCGAGGGAUCCAGUCAGGAGCUGGAGGAACAGAGAGAGCUGGAACAAACUACGGCUACAGAAAUGGUGCCAUUACUUACAGCAGAAAGGACAGAGAGCCCAGUCCCUGCCCCGCAGAGCCCCCCAGACAGCACCCAGGAUCUGCUGGACAUGGUCUUUUGCCUCUUCAGGGAGAUCAUGAGGAAGGCUGAGCGUGUGCUCAGCUGCUGGCCGGAGGAACAGAGGGUCCCAGAACAAAGCACGGCUACAAAAAUGAUAACAAUUCCAGCAGAAAGGACAGAGAGCCCGGUCCCUGCCCCACACAGCCCCUCAGAGGGCAGCAAGGCCCUGCUGGACACAGACCAGUCCAUCACCCGUGAGAUCCUGAGCGAGCCUGAGCUUGAGAUCCAGGGAUCUGGCCAGGAGCUGGAGGAACAGAGAAACCUGGAACAAACCAUGGAUACAGACACAGUAACAACAGUUCCAGCAGAAAGGACAGAGAGCCCAGUCCCUGCCCCACAAAGCCCCUGCUCCCCCAGCAGCCCCUCACCUUCCCAGGUGAAAGCCCAGGCCCUCAGCGAGCAGGAGGAGGGAGCAGGAGGGGACUCAGUCCUGGCAGUGCAAGACACUGACGAGGGGCCCUUCCCUGGGGAGGGCAUAGGCUGGAAAUACUACGCUGACCAAGACAUUUCCCAGUGGGGAGAUGAGGGAGACCAAGAGUUGUCCCAAGAAACAUCAACACAUACCAAGAAGUGUCCCGGGGGAGACUGCACUGAGCAGGAGCUGUCCCCUGGAGAAGUCAAGAGCUACCAGGAAUUGUCUGACUGGGAAGAACACAGCGAGGAAGAGGAGCCCCAAGGAGAAGUGAAGAGCUACCAAGAUGUGUCCGACUGGGAAGAAAACAUUAAGGAAGAGCAGUCCCAAGGAGAAGAGAGUAGAGGCCAAGUGUCUGACUGGGAAGAAUACGGCGAGGAAGAGCUGUCCCAUGGAGCGAAGAGCUACCAAGAAGUGUCCGACUGGGAAGACUACACACCCUCCUGGCUGUCCCGAUGGGAAGAUGACAGCGACAGAGAGCUGGCACUGGCGGACGGGGAACACAUGAGCGUCCCCAGCUUGGGGUCAAGCCCUUGCUCCCGGAGGAGGACGAGUGGGAAGAACUGAGCGUGCUGGAGCUGUCCCAAGGAAGGACAAGGCACAGAAGACAGGCUGAGAAUUCUUGCAGCAGAGGGGCUCCCAGUGCCCGUCCCUCGCCAGGCAUGGGCUGAGCGCCGGGUACCUGCCCUGUGCACACAAGUGCCGCUCUGCGCCUCACCUCCCCAGCUGGAAGCCCUGUCCCCCGGGGGGACUGAAGCUUCUCCUGCCUUCGACGAGCAGGUGCCACGGGCAGGGACACAGAGCCCGGUCCCUGCCCCACGCAGCCCCUGCUGCCCCCCCAGCCCCUCGCCUCCCCUGCUGGAGGCCCAGGCCCUCAGCAGGCAGCUGCCUGUCCCCCCCAAACGUCUCUCCCGCUUCAGGCGGGCGCUCGGGGCUCUGCGCAGGCUGUUCCGCUCCUGCACGGCGGGACAGCCCCAGGAUUAGGCCCCGCUCCAGCGCCAGGCGGGCCCGGACACCUCUGCAGUGCUUCCAACACAGACACUGACACCACCACCCACCUGAGACACUGAUUCCAAUGCCUGACUGCUCCUGCAGGGAAUGAACAAGACAGGACAUUUUGCUCCCAGGAACUCCCUGCAGGAUAACAACAUACACGAUUUUUGCCAAACAAACAAAAUAUGCCUUAAUUAACUACUUUAAUUAAUUAAUUA